AUGCACAAAUUAAGUCAGCAAACAACAUACAAGGCCUUCUGGAUCGACGCCCUCCUGGCAGAUGAUGUUCCGAAGUCGAGAUCAGACCAAGAAGGUCGUAAAAGUCCAGAAACCUCAAGGUCCUCUGAGGGGGCAGAUGAUUCUGAACAAAACCCCUCCUCACCGGCCAACCGGACGUCCACCACCUCCACCGGUAGCCCAGUUCGGCAGCCUAUUUCCGAGGCCAUGGACGUUACUGACACUCCAAUUGACCUCUGCAGGCAUAGAUCUAGUUCUCCGCCAAAAAAUGCCCAGUAUGAAAAUCGCUAUCCUCUUCUCGGCUUACCACGUCCAAACCUUCACAGCGACCUCCAGCGCCUCCUGCAGGGCAUCGAGGAAGCCCGUCAAUACGUAGUUGCAUCUAGGGCAUUUGACUGCAUUGAGCCCCUUGCCUUGCCUGCAGAAGUCCCCUUAAUUUUACCAGUACAAUCACCGCGUCAGAGAAAAUCACCCUCGGACACUGAGUGCAGUGAAUCCGAAUUGCCGAAUAGCUGCUCCGGUAGCGAGGGCAACAGACAGACAUUUGAAGGGCAGGGUGAAUCGAGGAAGAAGCGUGCACGAGUGUCGUUCUCUAAUGAACAAGUUAUGGAGUUGGAACGCCGCUUCUAUCGACAACGCUACCUUUCCAGUGCCGAACGCAGCGAACUUGCUCGGACCCUCGACCUCUCUGAAACCCAGGUAUAA